CGCGCGCGCGCUGGGCACGCCGGGAUGCCCGGUCGCCAUGGAAACGAGGGGAAAAAGGAAACAUGGCGGGUUACAUGGCCAGGACUUCGUGGCCGGCGCUGUUGCUUCUCCUCCUUCUCCGGCUUCUUCUCCCUUUCGUCCGAGGCGACGGCAGCGAUGCGGAGAGCGGCUGGGACCCCGCGGGAUACCUUCUCUACUGCCCCUGCAUGGGGAGAUUUGGGAACCAGGCAGACCAUUUUCUGGGCUCUUUGGCGUUUGCUAGGAUAGUGAAUCGGACCUUAGCUGUGCCCCCCUGGAUUGAGUACCGGUAUCACAGGCCUCCCUACACAAAUCAGCACGUCCCUUACAAAGAAUACUUCAAGCUGGCUCCUCUGCUGAAAUAUCACCGAGUCAUUGCCCUGGAGGAGUUUAUGGAAAAACUGGCCCCUGUUCACUGGCCUCCUGGCAAGAGGGUGGCAUACUGUUUCGAAUCAGCAGCUCAGAGGACUGUGGAUAAAAAGACUUGCCCAAUGAAGGAUGGAAACCCCUUUGGCCCAUUUUGGGAUCAAUUUGCAGUGGAUUUCGACAAGUCAGAGCUGUUUGGAGGCCUUGCCUUUAGUUCCUCUUACAAGGACCACUGGAUCCAAAGGUAUCCACCAGCUGAACAUCCUGUUCUUGCCCUUCCGGGUGCACCAGCGCAGUUCCCGGUUUUGGAGGAGUACCGGUCUUUGCAUCGGUACAUGGUGUGGUCAGAUGAAAUGGUGGAGAAGGGCGAGUCUUCCAUCAGUUCGUUCCUGGUCAGACCCUACGUGGGAAUCCAUUUGCGUGUGGGUUCAGACUGGAAAAACGCAUGCAACAUGCUGAAGGAUGGCACAGCCGGGUCCCACUUAAUGGCUUCGCCGCAGUGUGUGGGCUACAACCGGAACACUGCUGCCCCACUCACCAUGGACAUGUGUUUGCCGGGCCUGAACGAGAUCAAGCGAGCCCUCAAACUCUGGGUGAAGAAGGUAGAUGCAAAAGCUGUGUACAUUGCCAGUGAUUCUGAACCCUACACCAAUGAGAUACAGCAACUUUUUAAGCAAAAGAUAAAAGUGGUUUAUUUACAGCCGGAGGUGGCCCAGAUAGACCUGUACAUCCUUGGUCAGUCUGACCACUUCAUUGGGAACUGUGUCUCCUCUUUUACGGCCUUUGUGAAACGAGAGCGCGAUUUACAGGGGAGGCCGUCCUCCUUCUUUGGCAUGGACUACCCACCCAAGCUGCGAGAUGAACUGUAGCCUACAUGCAAAGGAAUGCAUCAAGAUCCGCUGCUGGCACAUGACUUGGAUCAGUGCAAGCCCCCCUUCGAAGCAAGUACUGUAUGUAUUUGGGUGGGCUCGAUGCAAUAUUCCAGAUUCAUUCUGGUUUCAAUCACUGGUAUAUUACUAAUAUAAAGCCCAAAAGGAGAAGAGGAAUGUUUUUCCACCAUUUCCCCUUCUCCUAUUUCUGUGGUUGAAUUGGCCAGUCUACCCGCCGAUACUUAUAUUUCCCCCUUCUUUUUUCCAUGGUGUAUUACUACCUCUUCUGGAUCUGGUGGCUCAUCUGGUGCUUGUUUUAAUACACAGUAUUCUCGUAACAACAGGAAAAAUCAAGAAAAAAGGAAGUGUUCAGAACCAAGAGCACUCUUUCUAAAUCAUGGAACUAAUUGACUCUAACAUGCCUCCUGUAGUUCAAUUUAGUCGUCUGCAAAAUGGAUGCGAUUGUUCUUUCCCUGCUGGGAAUGGGGAGACAGCUAAUUAAUUUACAAUUACAUUUUUUUAGGAUCCUCUGAGCUGCAUUGUUCCAAAUAAUAUUGGUGCCCUCUGGGCCAGUUGGUUUGUUUGCAGCAAUCCAGGUCAUGGCACUUCUGAUAUUUUGAUGCAUAGAAUUCAUGAAAAAGUUUACAUGAGAGAACCUUUUCAGCAGUAUUGUAUUUUACAGUAAUUAUGGUCUAGAUAUUGCAUAAAAUGGAAGCAAAAAGCCAACAAAAAAAUCUCCUAAAAUACCAUACUGAUUCUGAAUAAAAUUAUUAUUCACCUUUAAUGGACACAUUUAGUGAGGAAUUUUACAAUCUGAACUGUUGCUAUGGGUCAUCUGCUCAUCUCUCCAGCAAAUCAGACCUGACCUUCCAUCUUGAAACAAUUUUGUUCUUGUAGAAGUCAAGAGCAAGGAAAUUGCCUUUUUAGUGAGCCCUCAUCUUUUGUUGACCCACAUUCUUUGGAAAGCUUUUUAUAUUUCCAAACUGAAUUUUUAAAGCUCUACAGAACAAAGAACCACUCUUAAAACUGUUUGUACUUAAAAACAGAUUUUUAAAAAGAAAGAUGGGAUGUAUUUCUGCAGUUUUGGCACCAGUUCCUCUCUCUACAUCAGACCUGUGUCCAGUAAAGUAUCUAGAAAGCAUUCCACAGAUUAAAAACGGCAGCCAGCAGAUUUGCACGCUGUCAAACUGCCUACUUUUUGUUAUGUUACUUAUCAUGCCAGAAGCAAAUUAUAACAAAUUUCUCAUUCUGAGCAUUGAUUGAAAAAUUGCAUACACUGACAAUCUUGGGUUGAAGCCUGUGCACUAAGACUGUAUAUGAACAACUCAUCACAACGAGAGCUCUUUACUUGCUUUAUUUCAUGUGAAUUGCAUAGCUAGCAUUUUUAGUCUUCUCGCAUAAUUUCUUUAGGUUACGCUCCUACUUUUGUAGCACCGGUGUUACAUAGUGGUUUGAGUGCUGGAUUAAGAGUCAGGUUCAAAUGUCCACUCAACCUUGGAAACACAUGGGUUUCUUGGGAGACUGUGCACCUGAAAAAGCGUAUUGUACAGCUAGAAAGGGUGCAGAAUGAGAAAGCUAAAAUUCUCAUGGGAUUGGAGCAUCAGCCUUCAGAGGAAAUGUUACAAUACUGCAUCUCUUUAGUUAGAAAAAAGACUCUCUCAAGCGCUAUUAUCAUUCAGCCUGUACCGGUGAGAACAAAUGGCUGCUGUUCUGCAUUGCCCCCUCCCCUGUAAUCAUGGAACCUUUGUUAAGAAUUCCUUUGCUGGAUCAGACAAAGGCCUUAACUAUCAUGUGUCUUCAGACUGUAAAACAAGUGGAUGAAAUUGACAAGGUCAACAUUGAAAGGUUGUUAAUGAAUUGCAUUUGUUUCAAUGAUGACUACUGACAAGCUCUGUAUGGUUAUUAACUGCACCUGUGCCAGAAGAUAGGAAUUAUUCACCCAUAAUGUUUUUGCCUUCUGAAAAUCAUGGGUAUGGUUUCACAAUGUUAUUCUGUUAUUGCCAUUUAUUGGACUGACUGGAGGAAAUUGGGAUGUGUUUGUAAUGCAUAUGGUAUCAGCCAUAUUGUGAUUUUUUUUAAAAAAACAAAUGUACAGAAAACAACUUUUCUUUUUUAACAAUAAAACAUUAUCUUUC